AUGUGGGAUCCUUUCGACUUUUUGAAGGUCACUUUAGAGGACCUACGUGCUCGAGGUGACAAUCGUCGACAUUCCGCACACCAAAAAUGUGCUGCUGGUGGUCGACAAGCUAGGAAAUACCUCAGCGAUCUCGGCCCUUCCCGAGAUGUCUAUUUCACCUGCCAGGUAGUGAAGCUGAACGGUCAGAAGGCAAAAGCCGUCCUGAAGAAGACGACGCUUUUCAGGAGAAUCCUAACCGACAAGGAAGAAACUGAAGAGCAUGUCUCGGCCCGAACGAUCCCACUCGAUCAGAAGCUGCGCAAGAGCUUCACCGCCAAGGGCACGACUUAUUACGCCGAUAUCAAAAUGACGAAGCAGAUGAGCGAUCGGCCGCUGCCCAACAUCGAAUUCGACGACCUGGUGGAGUUGAAGCCCGCCUAUUCCGGAGAGCUCCAGGAACGGUCGUACACCCUUCUCCACCUAACGUUCAUCUACUAUCAAAUGCCGUCAAUCUACCUGAAGCUCAUAUCCCUCAGCGUGUUUUUGGUUUGGGACAACUCAAUUGCCCCGAUUGCUGCUGGGGUGCUGCCCUCAGCCAUUCGCACCAUUGAGCGCCAUCAGGAACAGCCGGAAAUAUGUCGGACAUUUACGCACUGCAUGGAAUACCUGUUCGAUUGUUUGAUCGGCGUUAUCGACGACCAUCUGGCCCCCAUUUCGUCAGGCGGCCCUCCUCGACGGCCGACCCGCUUGAACUUGCCGACGUCCCAAUCGUCCGCCAACCUCAUACAUCGGACCGUCGAUCGACAAAAGUCCGACCAAUCAAAGUCGUCGCUCUCCAACUCGGUGACGAAGCUGCGGAGCUCUUCGAUACUCUCGAAUACAUCGGCAGCUAGCCAGACGAGCAAGAAAAGCCGCCAAGCCAAGCAACGCCUUCUCAAGCGAUCACUCAGCUAUAACCCACAUCCAAAGCUCGAGCGUGUCCCCUCUAUCCGAUCGGCCAUCUCGAAAAGCCACGAGAGCCAUCCGGAGCUUCCUCCCAACUUCACGCAGAAGCGGAAGUCGGUCACGCUGCUCGACCAGCUGAUUGAUUUACCAGCAAGGCUUCAAGUAUUCCCGCCGGAAGAAGGACCACUUAUGCAGGAAUUCCAUAAGAUGAUGCUCCCGGUCGCCCACAUUUGUGCUCUGACCGCGUGGGAGUACUGUGAAUUCCUGGACCCCGCCGCGUACCUGGCGAACAAGCUGCGCAUCCUGAUCGCACUCUCCGUACAGCAUUGGUCGCGGACGAAAUUCGUUGUCGAAUCCCAAGAUGUCCACUCCCUAUGCACACAUCUCCAAAAAUUGGUCAGAUCGAUCUACUUCAACUACAAACCCUACGCUGUCUACUUUGAACAGUUCUCAAUCAACUACCUGAAAAUUGUUUACGAGACUCUGGACGUACCGCUCGAAGCUGUCCUCCGCAACAUCAUCGAGACGGCCACUGCCGAGCUGAACGCGCGCGAUUAUGAGAAGUUGGACGUGUACAGUAAGAACACGAUGAAGGCCUAUGCUGCAGUGAGCAAUAUGAAGAAGAUUGCGAAGGCUUCGAACAUCACGGUACCACUGCUCUCCAAAUUUGAGCUCUGCUUCUCGUCAUGUGUUGUAUUUUGGACUACGGCUUGGAGAGAAACCUCGCUCCUGAUGGUCUCCAGGACGACGCCACUUGACGAAGAUGACGGACGACAAAGAGAAUUCGGGGAUUCGGAUCGAAAACUGCCAUCCGGUCUGUAUUCUUUCCUGUGUAUUCAGAAGGGCUUGUCAGACGACAUCUUGACGCUGAACCUUGAGUACCCACAACAUGCCUUACUGGUCACGCUACGGAUCAUUCAUAUCUUCACCGAGAACCUUGUUGCCUAUGCGCGGAAGUUAUACGCCGAGGCUCGCCCCGACUUCACCUGCAAGAAUCAUUCGAGGAAAUGCGACUGCGUGCGCUCGGUCCGCGCGGCAAACGGAAUCGAUCACGCCAUUGAAUACAUCGAGAAGAACUGGGUCAAGUUCUCGGAUUGGGAGCGCAUCGAAGGUAUGCUCGCCACCAACGAAGCGGAAAAAAUCCGCGUGACCAUCGAGGCCAUGCUGCGCACCUGCAAGGAGCAAUGUGAUUGCCUGGCCGACCGGCUAAUCGCAAAGAACUACGGCGACACACGGGCCGAGACGGUCAAGUACGCGCGGCAGCUCUGUUUGGAUCGACAGGAGUAUACGAAGACCUUGGCAUCCUAUGUCCGGGAUCGCAUAGAUGCUUUUCAUAACUCGGAGACGAUCAUUAAUGCAAUGGAAAAAGUUGUAGAGGGAGUGGAGAAGGAUUUUUAUCCUCGGAGGGCAAAGCGAAUCCUCACCGGUCUAUGGCACUUCUUCGAGGCAGAGUUGGCCCGAAGCCUCAAGGAGUUCCAAACGCACGAAUAUUAUCGAAAUAUUUACGUGGCACUAAAAAUCAUUCGCGAGCAACUACAUGGUCCAAAAAAUCCAUCAAAAUUUGCGAAGGACUUGCAAUUAAAGAGCCUUGCCACUGAGGAUCUGAUGCUUGCCUAUUAUGCGGCGAUGGCUGAUCAAGAGGAUACGACCGGGGAGGGGAGCACGCUUUGUUUGCAGGCCACCUACGUACGCAGUCGAGAAGAAGACAAGGUACGCUUUGUCAUCAAAGUCCGUGAGGCCCGUAUCCCGCAACCGCUCAAUACCUUGUGCUCGUCGGCCGAAAUCUCGGUCCGGCUGGAGCUGCUGCCAAAGACCGUUUUCUCCGAACAUCACUUCCCACCAAUUACGACAUCAAAUCGUCCGGUCAGCGGCAACCCGAAAUGGGGCGAGGCGUUUCAAGUCCUAAUGGGCGACGAGGGCUUCUUCACCAAUGGCACCGUGUUAUCGGCUUCGCUGAUCGAGCGGGAUAAGAUUGGCUGUGAGCGGGUGUUAGGCAAAGCAUUUCUGGCGCUCAAUCAAGUGCGCGAGAUCUCGACAAAGAGCACCACCGACCGGCUAUGCCGCCCCUUCUUGGCGUUGCCCACGGGCAGCCGGCUUGGGUAUUAUAAUGUGCUUCGCGAGCGUGUGCUCUUCGACAAGGUGGCGAGAGCGUUCUGGAAAAAGGAGAGGCCGCACAAGGAUGUCCAGAUCAACCUCAAGCAGCUCAGGGAGGUGCCGAAACGUUGGGGUUCACUACGAAGAUUCCGUUCGGAACGUUUCGGCAGUCCCCGGAUCUCCUUCAGCAUCCAGCGACCUCAACGGACCGUGUCCACCAUU